AUGGCUCCUAAGAAGAGAAGCAAGACCCUGAAAAAGACUCCAGCUAAGAAGACUGCUCCAAAGAGAGUUACUCGAUCAACUCCUAGACCUAAUGAUACUCAACAAGAAGAACCUCCAAAAGAGUUCCAUGGCACCGAAGGUUCUGUCGGCCUAAUCAAUUGGCUAAAGAGCAUAGAGGCGGUGCUUCAUAUUAGCCGUUGUGCCGAAGAGCACAAAGUGGAAUAUGCUGCCUCUCAAUUUCAAAAGCACGCUUUGUCAUGGUGGAACGAGCAGAUAAGGACUCGUGGUCGAGAGCCGGCUAAUAGCAUACCUUGGUUGAACUUUAAAAGGAUGUUGAUGGAAAAGUAUUGUCCUCGAGAAGAAGUACAGAAAAUGGAAGGUGAAUUCUGGAAUCAUAGUAUGGUCGGAUUAGACAACGAGAAAUACACAACUCGUUUUCAUGAAUUGGCAAGGCUAGUUCCUCGUAUGGUAGAUACGGAGGAGAAAUUGAUCGAAAGAUACGGUUAUGGCUUGUCACCUGAUGUCCGAAGGUUGGUAGCCGCUUUUAAUCCUUUGACUCUUCAAGCGGCAGUUAGUGCCACCAACCGGAUGGUGAUAGACUUGAAAAGAACCACUGGUUCUUCUGUUGGAACUGAUAUGAACAAGAAAAGGAAUGAUUAUGCCUCUGGUAGUGGUUUUGGCAACGGUGGAAAUGGCAAGAGGUUUAGGACUGCUAGAAACUUUGAUGUGGUUGCUCAGGAUGUCAAAAGGUACACCGGCUUAGACCCAAAGUGUAAUAGGUGUGGCCUCCAUCACAAGGGAAACUGUCCUACUUGUCACCGUUGUAAAAAGACGGGACAUCUGGCAAAGUUCUGUAGGGACAAGACACCCGGUCAAUGCUACGAAUGUGGGAGCGAAACCCAUAUGCGACCCGCGUGUCCACGACUCAAUCAAGCCCCGAACAACAAUGCUAUAGUUCCAAUCAGGAACAAUGCAAGGAACAAUCAAGCUGGGAAUCAGGGAAGGAAUCAAGGAGGACAAGGAAAAGGCCGAGUGUUUGCUUUAGAUGCUGCUGAUGCACGACGUGAUCCCAACAUUGUGAUAGGUACAUUCAUACUCAAUAAUCAUUAUGUCUUUGUGUUAUUCAACUCUGGUGCUGAUAAAAGUUUUAUAUCCUUAGAAUUUAAGUCUCGAAUUAAUAUAGCAACUAUCCCCAUGAAAGAAACUUAUAUUGUCGAAUAUGCAAACGGUCAAAAAUAUGUUGCUAGAGAUCAUUUGGUAGAUUGUAGUUUAACAUUGUCUGGUAAAACCUUUAAGAUAGAUCUGAUUCCCAUAGAACUAGGAAGUUUUGAUGUAAUAGUUGGUAUGGACUGGCUGUCUAGAGUUCGUGCUGAUAUUGGGUGUUACGAGAAAGUUGUGAGAAUACCUCUGCCAAAUGACGAAACAUUGAUAAUGCAAGGAGACAAGUCAGGGAAGGAAUUGAUUUUGGUGUCGGCGAUAAAAGCGAAUAGGUAUUUACAAAAAGAAUACCCUACUUUCUUGGCACUAGUGGUCGAAAGGAAGCCAAAGGGUAAAGACAUUCAAGAUAUUCCAAUAGUUAAAGAUUUUCCGGAGGUGUUUUCCGAAGAUUUGACUGGACUUCCACCUCACAGACCAGUCGAGUUUGGAAUAGACUUAGUCCCUGGAGCUGCACCCGUGGCUAAGGCACCCUAUCGCCUUGCGCCGUCAGAAAUGCAAGAAUUGUCCGAACAACUUCAAGAGUUGCUAGCAAAAGGACUAAUCCAUCCAAGUUCAUCACCCUGGGGAGCUCCGAUCCUAUUUGUGAAAAAGAAAGAUGGCUCUAUGCGCAUGUGUAUUGACUAUAGAGAAUUGAACAAGUUGACCGUCAAGAACAGGUACCCAUUACCUCGUAUUGACGACUUGUUCGACCAACUGGAAGGUGCAUCACACUUUUCCAAGAUCGAUCUCAGAUCUGGGUAUCAUCAACUCAGAGUCAGAGAGACGAACAUUCCGAAAACAGCCUUCAGAACUCGUUAUGGACAUUAUGAGUUUUUGGUUAUGCCAUUUGGUUUAACCAAUGCACCUGUUGUGUUCAUGGACUUAAUGAAUAGAGUAUGUCGACCAUAUCUAGACAAGUUUGUCAUCGUGUUCAUUGAUGACAUACUGAUCUACUCGAGAACUAAGGACGAGCAUGAAGGUCAUCUGAGGACCAUUCUGCAACUGCUCAAGGAUCAAGAACUGUACGCAAAGUUCUCAAAAUGUGAAUUAUGGAUUAGGGAAGUACACUUCUUGGGUCAUGUAGUGAAUGCAGAUGGAAUCCACGUGGAUCUAUCUAAGGUCGAGGAUGCCCAAGAAAAGGCAUUUCAGACAUUAAAGGACAGGCUAUGUAAUGCUCCUAUUCUAGCAUUACCAAAUGGCAUUGAAAAUUUCGUGGUAUACUGUGACGCCUCACAUCAGGGCAUGGGAUGUGUACUUAUGCAGGAAGGUAAGGUAGAAUUACUCGGUGACUACGACUGUGAACUCAAAUAUCAUCCCGGCAAAGCAAAUGUUGUUGCUGAUGCGCUAAGUCGAAAGGAUAGAGUUUCACUAUCUGUCAUAAAAAGAGCAAGUUCUUAUCUUGGCUCGUCUUUAAGGGAUAGAGUCUUGGACGAUCAAAACGAGGCCCCAUAG